AGUUUGAACAGUUAACAAAUAAAAGCAAAAAAAGAUUCUAGGGAAAACUUGGAUCAGCUCUGAAGAUACUAACUUUCCAGUUUUCAGAGGUAAAACAAGCAGUUUUUUCGAAUAGAAGUGAUGUAUUUUUACUAUCUGGCAAGGAUGAAGAUGCGGGAAUGAAGGAAGUGAAAAUUUUAUUGGAUUGCAACUGAGAGAAUAUUUUGGGAUCUGAGAAAACAUACAUAGAGAUGCAUAAUAAUCUUCUCAAGCAGAUAAACCAUUAUCAUAUUAACUUUGUAAGAUCAAUUGAUUGGACAAUCUGAGGAGCCAUUUCUCCCCGAUGGGACUAGCCUACCCCAACUUGCAUCAGCGGAAGAGACCUGCUACAGAUCCCAUUGGGCAGAUUCAAAGAAAAGAGCCUUUCCUGCUGUGACCACUCUACCACUGAAGUUUCAUCAAAAUGGAAAAGUGGAGUUUAUUUUACUUACUACUUCUACACAUUACAAUCAUAUACCCCCUCGACUCGACUGUAGGAAGUUGUUUCCAAGAGCAGCUGAGACUCCAGGCCCAAGUGAGACUACUGGAACACAGUGUGAAGCAACAACAGGCAAGAAUUGUGAACCUCUUAAUGGAGAGGGAUAUACAGAGCAGAGAUAAAGAAGGUGAAAACGCUGUCAUCAACCUGGGAGAAGAAACAAAGUACAAAGAUUGUGCUGAGAUCUAUCAGGCUGGUCAUACACAAAGUGGAUUUUAUAAGAUGAAACCUCUGAAGAGCCCCAGUGAAUUCUUUGCCUACUGUGAUAUGGCAGAAGGAGGUGGGUGGACAGUCUUUCAGAGACGAUCAGAUGGGAGUCAAAAUUUUAAUAGAAAUUGGACUGAAUAUGAACAGGGUUUUGGAGAUUUUACUUCAGCAAAUGGUGAAUACUGGCUUGGGAACAAAAACCUUCAUUAUCUGACUUCUCAGGGGAAUUAUACCUUGAGGAUCGAUUUGUCUGAUUUUAUGGAUGAACAGCGCUUUGCACAGUAUGAAAAGUUUCGAGUUGCAGACGAGCAGAAUUCCUACAAGAUGAAUUGUGGCCAAUAUUCUGGAACAGCUGGUGACUCUCUCACUGGGGGGUUUCACCCUGAAGUUAAAUGGUGGGCAAAUCACCAAGGGAUGAAAUUCAGCACCAAAGACAGAGAUAAUGACAAUUAUGAAAAGAAUUGCGCUGAAGAAGAUCAAGCUGGCUGGUGGUUUAACAGAUGUCAUACUACCAACCUGAAUGGCCUGUAUUAUAAUGGACCCUAUUCAGCAAGGACAGACAAUGGAAUUGUGUGGUACACAUGGCGUGGCUGGUGGUAUUCCUUGAAGUCUGUUGUCAUGAAAGUCAGGCCGUCAAACUUCAGUCCCAGUGUAGCUUAGGGUUUGCUUCCCAUGUUCUUCUUAAUCAAAUCAGUCACACCUGCACUACGGCAUUCACUUAUUUCACAUAUAAAGAAUCAAUUAAGUAUAGUCAUUGGUGAGUAUAUAGACACUUCAUAUAGAGUAAGGGUUUUGGGGGGGGCAGCAAUAGGGUUACAGCUUGCCACUAUCUUCUUCUCAGAAGCUCUUUUUAACUUCUUGGUCUGACUUACAGCCCUGACAUUUCUUAUGUUCCUGCAUUGAAGUUCUAACCAGCUUCAAGGGAGGGAAACCUCAAAAAAUGCCAGGGCUGUAAGUCAGAAGUUAGAAGGGGCAUCUGAGAAGAAGGGAACUGUAUUGAGAUUUUUUAAAAUCAACCAAGGCUGUGCAAAUGCUGCCAACCCCUAACCAGCAGAGGUGGGUUGCUGCCGGUUCGGCCGAACCGGUAGUGGAAUUCAGGUCUGGGUCACAAAACUGGCAGAAACUGAGACCUGACAAACCCCCAAACCGGUUCCCUCAUUGCCACUUGGGCACCACCAUUUUGAAUUUUAGGGACUGUGCAUGCGCAGUUCACUGUAAAUUGUUCUGCACAUGCACGCAGAACAAUUUAUAUUGAACAGUGCAGACGAGUGCACGUGAGCCCACAUGAGCAUGCAUCUGGCACGCGUGUCUGGCACACGCAUCUGGCAUAUGCACAGACACAUUGCACAUGGGUUGUGAACCCAUAGUAACGCCGGCAGCAACCCUGCUAAGCAGCUUUCAUUUUUUAAAUCUAAAUUUGUAUUUGGAUUAGUUCCAGGGCAUAUUCAUGCACUAUUCAUCUUUCAGUAAAACCACAAUCCAAACUAGGAUACCUAUGUUCAUCCCAUUGAUUUUCAAAAGCUUAAAUGUGCUUAAUGCUUUUACAUAUUUUUAUUGAUAAGAAAGCAAAUGACAUGGACAUAUAAACAACUUGAGCUCUUUUAAUUCCACAGUCAUUAUCUUAAAAAAGAUAUUUCAGGUCCUAUUCCACAAUAGUUACAUUACUAGAAGAUUUAAUACUUCAUUUGUAUUUAAGAGCAUUAAUUCUACAAUGUUUUUAACUUGACCCUCUUCACAAGCAGAAUACAAUCCAAAAUAUACACUGGAUGAAGUUAAGUCUUUCAGAUAUUUUACAUUGAUAAUCUACAGAUCUGUUAAAAAUUGUCUCUUUUCAGAUUUUCUGAAUAUUUGUCAAUCUUUUCUGUUACAUAUUCGUAGAACAGACCUUCAUGUGGGUCCUACUCACAUCCACCAAGACAUAUAAAGAGAGUCUGAAUAGAUAAAUAAUACUAACAUUUAAUGUUGCUUUUAUUUUAUAGACAAAAUCACCCAACAUUCAAAGUGCCAGAGUGAAAGAAGGAUCUCUCUAGUUUAGUUAAAGGCAAAUUUAGGUCUAACUGUAUUAGAACAGAGAUUCAACAGGCAUGCCAUGCCCCAUUCAGAAGAAAUGUCUGAAAAAUUCCAUAAAACAUAGUUAAUACCUAUUAAUCUGGAAGAGAUUACAUAAAUUAUAUUAAAGCUUUAGGGAUCCAUAGUCCAAGCAUUGAACUGGAGAAUGUUUGGGACAAUGAAUCAUUCCAAAGGUGACUAUCUUCUCAAAGUCAUCCCAUCAUUAUUGUUAUGAAAUAAAUUAAAGAAGCCCCCAACUUUGGUGUUACUUAUUUACUUGGACUCCCUUUAUAUAUAUACUGAAGCAUUAUAAAUAUUCUGAAAUGUGGGAAAUGGUUUUCUACAGAGCUUUAUUCGUUUUAGCUUUAUUACACAUAGUUUGCUAAUUCCUAUCCCACUAUAUGUAGUUAGUCAUGCUGCAAUUACGUGGAUAGAAGCCUGAGUAAGACUGAAUUUUGGAAGAAAUGAAGAGUAAAUACCUAGAGUGGCUAGAACAAUGGGUCUAAAUCUCACAUCUAAUUAGGAGAAUCCAAUGUAGUAUCAUUUGUUUCAGCCUGCAAUUUAUUUUUUGAUGUGACUUGUAAUCAUUGAAGAAUAGGGACAUUGCUGUGAGGAUAUUUUUUAAAUAAAGCUUGUUAAAGGAGCAUUGCUUUUCCAAUCUACAUCACAAAAACUGAUACAAAUGAACUCAGAAUAAUAUGUAUCUUCUAUUAUUUCAAUACGGCACACCUACUAAUUAGCUGAUACUCAUGGCAUCAUAAUUUAUUUGCUAUUCCUGUCCUUUUUAAAAAUCAAAUUAUUGCUUAGGAAUUAGUGACAAUUAAAGAACAUGAAAAAAUACAGGCCACUUAGAAAAAGGACAGUAUGGUUCUAAUAAGACAAAUCCUAUUUUGGAUUAGUAUAUUCCCUGUUAAAUUAUGUCAAUAUGAUUCUAGACCUAUUUAAAGUUUAAUUUCAAAUAUGUAUUUUUAAUAUUUUAAAAAGCAUUACAGAAAACUUUUUUUAAUAAAUGCCAUAAUAGAAAUGAAAUGUUAAAAUGUAGAAAAGCACUAACUAUUUUUUUUAAUUUCAUCUAUUUCUUGUUUCAUACCAUUGAAAUAAAGAUUACUUUAUUUAGGCCCAUUAUAUUAUAUGAUAUAUUAACUGGGUUUCAACUUUGCAGAUAAAUAAAGUUAUACCAUUCGCAUAACAUUAUUUUAGAGACCAAAGUGACUUGUGUAAUAAAAUCCUUAUAAUAGCCCCAUAGAGGAAAAGCAAUCCUUAUAUUGCAGGUAAAGUAAUGUAACUGGUCAGCAGUAUUUGUAGUAUGCUAUGAUGUUGAUAAGAUAUUGGUUAGUCAAUUAAUCAAAUCAAUGCAUGAGCAUCAUACACUAGAAGACAAUAAAAUGAGAGAAGAUACAAUGAAGUGAAAUAAAAGCUAUGGUGACAUUAAUAGAAUAAAAUAUAGGAGAUAAGAUAAAGUAAAG